AAAAGAAGACGAAUGUUUUGACAGUUGAUUUUUCACAAAAGAAAUGAAUUCUGUUUUCUUUUGUAAAGAGUUUGUGUCGUGUGCUUUUUAUUUUGUAUUUCAAUAGAAUUCAUCUUAAUGAUAAGGGUGUAUACUGGAAUUGAAAACUCUCUUUAUAAAUGCAUAAUUAGAAACAUCAUUGUUUGUUGUUUAUCUAGAUUUUUUAUUUAAUCGAUAUGACUUGAUUGCCUUAAGCUGUACGCUAGAUAAACUUACCCUUUCAUAUAAUUAUGCAAAUUAUAUAGUGUCGGUUAGUUUAUUUCAUUUUUGAUUAAUAAUGUUAACGCCUGGUGUGAGGAUAGUUAGAGGACCAGAUUGGUCAUGGGGAAAUCAAGAUGGUGGUGAAGGUCAUGUGGGAACUGUUUGUGAAAUAGGCAAAGCAGGUACUGUAGGUUCUCCUGAAAGGACAGUAGUUGUUCAAUGGGAUAAUGGUACUAGAACAAACUACAGAGUUGGAUAUUUAUCAAAAUAUGAUCUUAGAGUUGUUGAUAAUGCACAAAUUGGUGUUAAACAACCAAAUAUCAUUUGUGACGGUUGUAGCGGACAAGGUAUAAGUGGAAUGAGAUAUAAAUGUGCUAUCUGUUAUGACUACGACCUUUGUUACAUGUGCUAUCAUGGAGAUAAACACAAUACCACUCAUACUUUCAAAAGAUUUGACUCAGUGACAUCUUUGGGAAUUGAUUUACCUCCAAGAUCAGAAGGGAGAAAAUGUGAGUUAAGAGGUAUAUUUGUUGGAGCCAAAGUUGUAAGAGGAUAUAGUUGGGAAUGGGGAAAUCAAGAUGGAGGAGAAGGAAAAAUAGGCGUUGUCUUGGAUAUACGUGGUUGGGACAAUGAAAGUAGUAGAUCUGUAGCCAAUGUGAGAUGGUAUUCGGGCUCUACCAAUGUAUAUAGAAUAGGUCAUAAAGGAAAUUGUGAUAUAAAAUUUGUAGAAUCUGCUUCUGGUGGACAGUACUAUCCAGAACAUCUUCCUAUACUAGGCCAAAAUGUAGAUCCUGUAGUUCGACCAGGUAGAUCUGGUCCUUGUCCAUUUACUGUAGGUGAUAAAGUACAAGUAAAUGCUUCUGUAGAGCAGCUCAAAGCAAUGCAACAGGGUCAUGGUGGCUGGAAUCCCAGAAUGGCAGAGUACAUUGGAAAAAUAGGUACAGUGCACAGAGUAACUGAUAAAGGUGAUAUAAGAGUCCAGUAUGAAGGGUGUAAUAAUAGAUGGACAUUUAAUCCCAUAGCUUUGAAUAAAGUGAACAGUUUUGCAGUUGGAGAUGUGGUUACUCUAAUAACUGAUGUUGAAAAAGUAAAAGAACUUCAAAGAGGACAUGGAGAAUGGAUAGAAAUUAUGAGAAAUUCUUUGGGAAAGCUUGGAAAAAUUUUAAAAGUAUAUUCAGAUGGUGAUUUGAGAGUUCAAUUAGAAGGACAUGCAUGGACUUUACAUCCCCAGUGUGUUAGAAUAGUACCAGGAAGUGCUGCGGAAUUGGCAAAUACAAUGCAUGCAGUACAAAAUCAAAGACAGGAACCAUCAAUACAAUGGUCUCCAAACCAACAAGCAGAUGGUCUUAGUAAUGGAUUAGCAGAUCAACUUGUACGUGCAGCAGCUCAAGGACACUCAGAUGCAGUUCAAAGGUUACUUGAAAAUGCACCUCGAGAGACUGUAGAUGCUAGAAGUAGUGGAAAGACUGCAUUGCAGGUAGCCGCACAUCAAGGCCAUGCACAUGUUGUUGGAUUAUUAUUGAAGUUUGGAGCAUCAGUUAAUGCUAGUGAUAAUGACGGAGAUACUUGUCUGCACUAUGCUGCAUUUGGAAAUCAACCAGAGGUGUUAGAUUUGUUAGUUAAGACUGGUGUUGAAGUAAAUGCUGCCAAUCGUAGUGGAUGUACUGCUUUACAUAUAGCCGCUCACAAACAACCUGCCAAAUGUAUACAAAUAUUAUUAGCUGCUGGUUCAGAUCCAAAUUCUAUUGAUCUCUAUGGAGACACUGCCCUUCACGAUGCAAUAGGAAAGGAUAAUUUCCAAGUAAUUGAAUUGUUAUGUAAAGCUCAAGGUACGGAUUUCACGCUUCGAAAUAAGCGUGGCUUCAACGUUUUACAUCAUGCCGCCUUAAAAGGAAAAGCUUUUGCUACCAGAAAAUUACUCUGCGUAGCAAGGCAGUUAGUAGAUGUUAAAAAAGAUGAUGGAUUCUCAGCGUUACAUUUGGCAGCUUUAAACGGUCAUAAACAUGUCGUGGAAACUCUUGUUAGAGUAGGUCAGGCAGAUAUAGAUCUAAGAAACAAUAGAAAUCAAUCAGCACUGUUGUUAGCUGUUAGCCAAGGCCAUUGUGGAGUUAUAGAAUUACUGAUAAGACUGAAUGCCAAUAUAAAUGCCAAAGAUGAAGAUGAAGAUAAUGCUUUACACAUAGUACUUACAAAACGCAAUCAUUUAACUGGAGAAGCACUAAGGGAAGAUAGUCCAGGUAUUCACUCAAUCUACAAAAAUCUCGGACAUCUACAAGAAUAUCGUUUAGCUAUUACUAUAGCAUGUUUUCUUGUACAAAUGGGAAUUGAUUUAGAUGCUCCCAAUAGUAAAGGACAAACUGCAUUAAGUUUGUUACAGGAUGAACAUCUACAAGAAUUAAUCAAAAGUUAUAAACCAGUAGCUGAUGAAAAUAAUCAAAUAGAUAUUAAUCAACAAGAUAUGCCAAAUUUAGAGAGUUUAACUGUAGCAGAUGAUCAAAGAGAAGGAUAUAAUCUUACAGACACUCCUACAAAAAUUAAUCCCACUUCUGAAGGUAGUAGAAGGAGCAGACAAAAGAUAGACAGAGAUAAAGUCGGCACUUCUCAAGACAAUCGUACGGCCAACUUAAUUCCCAACAAACCAGUCGAGUGUCUAGUUUGUUCUGAACUAUCAGAAGAAAACGUCCGAUUAGAACCGUGUAAUCACAAACCGGCAUGCGAGGAUUGCUCGUCAAGAAUGAAAAAAUGUUUGCAAUGUAGCCAGCCCGUACAGAAACGCGUCACCAAAGAUGGUCGCGUCAUACCGGCAAAAAGUCGACAACCUAGUGCAGAACGCAUGCGUUAUUUAGAAUGUAAGAUACAAGAAAUUGAAGAGAGUCAUGCAUGCAGUAUUUGUAUGGAAAGGAAAAGAAAUGUGGUAUUUUUGUGCGGACAUAGCACAUGUUCGAAAUGUGCGGACACAUUGAAGAUAUGUCAUAUGUGCAGGAAAACCAUUACCAAGAAGAUACCUAUUUAUUAGUAGAGUUUUGUUAAAUGAGGUUGGAAUUUAUUUUUACAUGUAAUGAACAGGAAAAACGUUGAAGAUUAUGUUAUGUAAAUAAAUGUUACUCAUUAAGCAUGUGUAGUAUCUGAAAAAACUAGAUAUAUUUAUUUCAGUUGGUUCAUAGAAAUUAUAUAUAUAUAUAUAAAUUUCGUUUUAUUUAUCAAUUUUUUCUAGUUUUUCUUGAUGUUUGUCAACAAAUAAUAUUGGUGAUAUCAAUAAUUUUCACCAGAAGUGAAUAAAGUGGAAUGGAAUUUUACUAAAACUAGCUUCCUCAUAUACCCUUUUUUGAAAUGAAAAAUUUUUCAUUGAGCAAACAAAAUAUAAUCAAACUUUUAUAUUCUAUUUCACCAUUUAAAUAAAUAACGAAGUUCAAGACUAAACAAAUUGAAAAGAAACCUUGUGCUUCAUCUGUUGAUUGUGUUGAAAAUUAACUGAUUCUUUUUUGAGUAUAAUACUAUAAUAAGACAUUAAUUAUUAAAUUUAUUUUUUUUAUAAUCUGCAGUUUCUCUCAUUUGGAAAUUUUAGUUUUCGACUUUUUUGGGAGGAACAAGGGUUUUCUAAAUUCAAUUUGAUUGAAAAAUGGCCUACAUAAAAUCAAUGUUUCAAAAAUUGUCUUUUAUAAGUUCAAUCUGGUAUGAAAUUUGUUUCUGAAAGUUACAUUUGAUUAAAAUAUUGAAAACCUACCUUUCCUAAGUUUAUUUUCAUAAAAAUUCUCUACAAUCAUUCUGAUCAAUUGACUUUCCCAAGAAAAAUUUGGUCAAAAUUCCGCUAUUCUAAAUUGGCUACCCAUUUUUUAAAAAAUUCUCUUUUUUGAGUAGUAUUACGGUCAUAAUUGGUAUUACCUUGUUUAAUUGUUUUUAUACUAAGAAAUCACUACCUAGAUACCUAUAUACAUAUGUAAAAUAUGACAAAAUAGAGAAUAAAAUGCCUCACACCACUAGCUCAAAUCUAGAUACUAAGAUUAAAUAUCAACAUAUUAUCAUUAUAUCAUGUUCUGUACCGAAUGAAUGUAUCAGUGUCUAUUGUGGAAUUUAUAAAAAUUUCAUAUAUUCAAUCAUUUAAUAAUGAUUAAACAAGUAAACAAGUAAAACAAAUUAGUGAUUAUGGAAGGUGAAGCUUAUUUCCAUUGUUUUGUAUAUUCGCAAAUAUGUUUUACUCCAAACUUCGCUAUCUUAUAUUUCCAGAAUUUUUUGACUGUUUGUGGGACUAUCUGAUUCUACUAAGGUUUUAGUGAUCGUUUAUUCUUAUUUGUAACAGUUUAAACAUCUCAAGCCAUUGCUGAAUCUAAAAAGUAUAUUUUAACCAUUAAAUAAGAAUUUUCCUAUUGAAAAACUGAAAGUAGUAUUUGUGUCAAUUUGGAAAACUCUAUGAUAUUUGUAUUACUUUAAUAAAUUUGGAAAUAAAUAUAUUGUCUCGUCAGUAUCCUUAUAUUGAUUUCAAAAGUCUUAAACUAAUAAAUAUCAUGUCAGUAUUUCAUAAAUUCAUCUCAAUAAUUUAUUCUUAAUGAAGAGAUUCGUAUAUAUGCUACAGUUAAAACCUGUUUUCAAUUAAUUUUUACUUUUGACUAGGGAAAACUAGUUCUCAGAAAUCUCUUUAGUUGAAACUAGUUUUUACUAAUCAAACUAGAGUUAACUACACCUUUUUAUUUUUAUUGGGUAGUGAAAACUAGUGUCAAUUGAAAUAAAAUUUUAUAGUGGGUAUUAUAAUUUUUUUUUUGGAUAAUUGAAUUUUAACCAACGAUGUUUAGCAUAAAUCAUUAGGUCUCCAUGUACGGAGAGUAUUUCUACCAGUGGAUGGGGUCUCAGAUACAACUUUAUUUCUUCGCAGUGCUUUCGUAAGAUCCUGGAAAGAAUCUUGUGUUUGUAAUCGUGUUUUGAACAAAAAAACUAAUAUACCACGGAAGCUUAUUAGAAAAUUCUGACUUUUCAGUUUUCUACUAGAAUAAAAUUUUAAAACAAUAAAUUUUUCAACUGGAAUCACUGAAAAAGGUAGUCUCGACUGAAAAUUAUAUUAAAUGAGAGAAAACUACUAAAACCUAGUAUUUCCUAGUGAAAAUUAUUAAAAAACUAGUUUUAACACCGAGGGUACUACUCAACACUAGUUUUGACUAGUGAAAACAAGUCUAAACGGAAUGGGUUUGUGAAAACUAAUGUUCCCUUGCCAAAACUAGAAUUAAUUGAAAACGGAUGAUUUUAACUGUAACGUAUAUAUUUGGUUCCUGUUCAUUACAUUAAUAAAUUCUGUGAUAUCUAUAGUAUGUAAAAAUAUAUAUAACGAAUUUAUAUUAUGUACUUUAAUAGAUAUUUAUUUACGUACAUAUUUGUAAUUUUUUUUUUCGAUAUUUGAAUUUUUACCAACGAUAUAUAAUAGAAGUUUAUAUAGAAUGAGCAUAAAUCAUUAGGUCAGUCUAUAUUUCAAUAUUAGAAAAUAAAGAUUUUCACAUUUA